AUGUUAGCAAAUCUCUCCAACAAAGUUGCUUUGAUUACUGGUUCCACCAGUGGUAUUGGUCUUGCAUGUGCUCACACCUUAGCUAAGGCUGGUGCAAACAUUGUUUUAAAUGGUUUUGGUGAUGCCAAUGAAAUCGAAAGAAUCAGACAAAACAUCGAAAACACUUACAAGGUUAAGUCCAUCUAUGCUAACUACAACUUAAUGAAACCUACUGAAAUUAAGUAAAUGAUCGAACACGUCAAUAAAACUUUCGGUGGAGUUGAUAUCCUCAUCAACAAUGCUGGUAUGUAACACGUUACCCCUAUUGAAGACAUGCCUGAAGAUAUGUACGAAAAGAUUAUUGCCUUAAACUUAUCCUCUAACUUCUACACCAUUAAAUACUGUAUCCCUCACAUGAAAAAGAGAAACUGGGGUAGAAUUAUUAACAUUGCUUCAGUACAUGGUAAGGUUGCUUCAGUCAACAAGGCUCCUUAUGUUGCCAGUAAGCACGGUGUUAUUGGUUUGACCAAGGUUGUUGCUUUGGAAAAUGCCCAAACUGGUGUAACUUGCAAUGCCAUUUGCCCUGGUUGGGUCCUUACUGACUUAAUUAAGAAAUAAAUUGAAGCCUUAUCCUAAAAGAAUAACACCACUUUCGAAGAAGGUGCUAAAGCUUUACUUAAGGAAAAGCAACCCUCUCAAUAAUUCGUUAGACCUGAAUAAAUUGGUGAAACUGCCCUCUUCCUCUGCUCUGACUCUGCUUCUGAAAUUAGAGGUGAAGCUAUUUGUGUUGAUGGUGGUUGGGUUGCUAUCUGA